AUGGGCGAUUUUCUAGCAGCUAAUAAUAUAUGUGGACAAAAUUUAUUACGUUUGGUGUCUCGUGGGAAUGCUAUUAUAGCAGAACUGAUGAGACUGAAGGAUUAUGUCCCACCAAUAUUUAGUUUAGAUUCAAAGCAAAUGGUACAAAAGUAUGGGUCAAUUAUAAUUGAUUUUGCAUAUUUUAAAUCAACCGGUACUUAUGAAGAAAAGAUAGAAAAUGAUCCAGUUCUUCAAGAAACCGAUGAAGAGCUUCGAAAUAAUUUUUCUGACAUAAUUUCAAGAUUUUAUUUAACUUUUGAAAGUAUACAUAAAUAUGUUACAGACCUAAACCUUUAUGUAGAUGAAUUAGGGGAUGGAAUAUAUAUUCAUCAAUCUAUAGAUACCAUUAUGCUGAAUGAGGAAGGACGACAAUUAAUGUGUGAAUCGGUGUACUUGUAUGGAGUUAUGUUGCUCUUGGUAGAUUAUCAUUUUGAAGGGUGUAUAAGGGAAAGACUACUUGUGUCUUAUUAUCGUUACAAUGCUCAACAUUCAUCUUCUACAAGAGUAGACGAUAUAUGUAUGUUAUUACGUUCAACAGGAUUUUCCAAAAUCUCUAAUAAGCGUCCUACAAAUUAUCCUGAAGAAUAUUUUAAGAGAGUCUUAUUAAAUGAUUCCUUGAUAGAACAUAUCAUUGGACGUUUGCGUGCUGACGAAAUAUAUAAUCAAAGUCUUGCCUUCCCGCAUCCAGAACAUCGCAGUACUGCUUUGUUCAAUCAAGCAUCGAUGUUAGUUAUAAUUUUAUCGUUUAAACCAAUUAUGUUACAUACACAUACAGCCAUGAUGAGAGAAAUAGUAGACAGAUUUUUUCCUGAUAAUUGGGUAAUUAGUAUUUAUAUGGGAAUGGUAAUAAAUUUGUGCGAUUGGUGGUCGCCGUAUAAAGCAGCGAAAACAGCUCUUAAUAACACUCUUGAAUCAUCAAAUGUAAAAGCAGUUGCACAAAGAUAUGGUCAAAAAAUGAAGAAAUUAAUGUCCGAAACAGAAGAGGUACAGUUAUCUGUUACAUUAGAUGAAAGUGCGAUUGGAUCAUUGGUGAAAUUAGUAAGAGAAUGCAAUGUAACUUUACACUGGAUACUUUUGCACACAUCAACUUCAACCAUGUCGUUAGAAGAUUCAAAACGUUCCCGUAUUCUCAGGCAUUUGGUGAUGACUGAAAGCAAAUAUAACAAAUCUGAUUGUCUUCAGUUAUUGCUAAGUACUGCUCAGAUCGAACAAGAUGUUAAACAGUUGUACAAAGAUUUAUUACUAGGUAAAGAAACUAAGUGGCUUAGAGAUAAAGGAAUAUGCGUUGAACGUAUAACAGAUCUUGCCCAAAUAUUUGGUGGCAACAAAUCGCUUGACGGUAUCGAAAGAAAUCAAAAUCUGUAUGUUUGGUUUAUGGAAAUAAGCAAACACAUUGAUUCGUUGCAACAAGAGGAUGGAAGAAAAAUAGUACAGUUGUUACAGGCAUUAGAAGAAGUACAAGAAUUUCAUCAGCUAGAAAAUAACUUACACGUAUCGCAAUACUUGGCCGAUACGCGUGAAAUACUACAUAAUAUGUUACGCACAGGAAGUAUAACAGAAGAUACAAUGAUAAGUUUAAAUAUAGUGACAGAUUGCUGCUAUGCAUGGAAUAUAGUGGAAUCAUUUAUUGAUACAAUGCAAGCUAGUAUAAAAGAAAGUCCGCCUACUGUAAUCAAAUUAAAAGCUUUAUUUUUAAAAAUGGCUUCGGCUUUAGAAACCCCUUUAUUAAGAGUAAAUCAAGCACGCAGUGCAGAUUUAUCAUCGGUCUCUCAAUACUAUAGUAGAGAACUAGAAAAGUAUGCGAGACGUGUCUUACAAAUAAUACCUGAAACUGUGUUUGGUUUGCUUGCUCAAAUAGUACACCUUGAAACUAAUGCUUUUAAAGAAAUUCCUACUAAACUACCAAAAGAUAAAUUGAAAGACUAUGCCCAAUUAGAUGAUAGAUUACAAAUGGCUAAAUUGACAUAUGCUGUAUCAGUGUUUACAAAAGGGGUGUUAUCUUUGAGAAGUGUUCCAUUAGGAGUAUUGAGAGUUGAUUCUCAUCGUUUAUUAGAAGAUGGCAUACGUCAGGAACUUGUAAAAAAAGUUACUCUUGCUUUAGAUAAUGUUCUCGUAUUUGAACCAAAAUCUAAAAUGUCAUUGUUACAAAAACUUCAAAGUUUAGCUACAAUUAUAGAUGGUUACCGCAAAUCAUUUCAAUACAUUCAAGAUUAUAUAAAUAUUAACAGCUUAAAAAUAUGGCACGAAGAAAUAACAUACAUUAUAAAUAAUGCAGUCGAAGAAGAAUGUACAGAUUCUUCUUGGACUUCGCAAAGAUCAUGGAGAUAUUUUCAAGAAGAAAAACAUACUUCUGCAUUAGAUAAUAAUUCCUUAACCUUUAUUGGUAGGCUUGCCCGUGAAUUAAUUCGUAUAACUGAUCCCAGAACAACCGUAUAUAUUGAGCAUUCUCUUGCCUGGUAUGAUCUUAAAACACAAGCAGAAGUAUUAAAUUAUAAAAUAUUUUCAAGAACGUUGGAAGCAAUAGGCACACCAGGAUUAACAGGACUCAAUAAACUUAUUUCGUGUUACAUCGUUACUGAAUUGAAUAAUAUGGUUCAUUAUGUAGAAAAGAACAUACACAAUAAAACAUGGACGUCUACACUGGACCAUUUUGAAACAGUAUUAAGUUCCACAAAUACCCAUAAAGGUAAUGCAUCAAAGUUUCACAAUUCUGUUAGUACUUACAGUAACAAAUUUUGCCCUCAACUUCUUGAAUUGGUAUUAAAAAUUGGACAUUAUCAACUGAUUAAGAAAAAAAUAGCAUAUGAAUUAAAUACUGCUUGCAAAUUUGAAGCUAAACACAUGGAAGCAGCGCUUCAAACAUUAAACACAGCUGUUUUAUUUGAAAUUCAUAAACAAGACAAUAACGAUCAAAAUGAGACGGAGAAAAAUGAUUUGUUACGGGAGCUUAGUGUUAGAUUAGAUUGGGCUGGCAUAAGUAAUCUCCAUAAUAAUGUAUAUAUUAAAUGCCCUAAUGUACAAAAUAUUGCACUUAUUAUGUUCCUACUUACCGCAUCACAAUUACCAAAGUUGCAUUAUUGCAAAAAUACAGGAAGCUUGCUAAGCAAGAAAGCUCAAGAUUCUCUUGAUGCUGUGGUAUUUGUAAUUGGAAUACAAACCAUAUUGCGUCAGUGUACUUUCACAGCGAUGACGCGCUAUAUUAAAUAUCUUUGUAUAUACGUUCUUUCUUGUACUGUCGCAGAUAGUGCAAAAUCAGGAAGCGAUGGGGAAUCUGAAGGAACCAACACUUUGCAUAUUUUAGAGUUAUUUAUUAAAUAUUCUGGUAUACCAAGAUCACUGAUUCUUAAAGAAAUCCCUAUGAUUAUUAUUGAUCAUUUCCAAAUAAAAGUUACCAAAUAAUUCCAAUAUAAUUUAUGCAGAUAUGAUUAAUUUUUAUCACAUUAAAUACAUUUUUUGUAAUCUGUACAUAUAUAUUCCCAU